CAAGAAGCGUUCUAAAUACGCAAUUAAUUAUAGCAAAACAGCACAAUACCAUUGAUAAAGUCGAUAAAGGGUGGUCAUAUUUUUUUAUUAAUACUAUCAAAGUUCUUCUGAAAUCAGCGCCGUCUCCCCUCCAUCCCCCGAACAGAAAACGGGAAGGCGAACCAUGGCGGCUUACAAAGCGAGGUUGCAGGAGUUUGACAGGAUCCUGAGUCAAGAUGUGAUAGAGAUAAAGGCACUCCGGAGGUUGUGUUUCACUGGAGCCCCAGAGGAAGGUGGAAGACGAGCUCUGUGCUGGAAGUUACUACUGAAUUACCUGCCGUUAGAUACUAGCCAGUGGGAUGAAACUCUGCGCAAGAAGAGAGCGCAGUACCAGCAUUUUGUGGAGGAGAUGGUGGUGGAGCCAACCAGACUGAGCAAGAAUGGCAGCGGCAACAACCACGUGGAGGACCAUCCGCUGAAUCCCAACCCAGAUUCUCAGUGGGGGUCAUUCUUCAAGGACAAUGAGGUCUUGGCACAAAUAGACAAAGAUGUCAGACGACUCUGUCCAGACAUCAUGUUCUUUCAGCGUGGAACAAAUUACCCUUGCAGACUGAUUGUUGAUGACCAAGAUGUGGAGAGACUGAGUCAUCGUGUCACUCACUCUUCUCUCACUGCUUCAUCAGUUACAAGAAAGGGACUAGGGAUCACAAAGAUGGAAUCAGUAAGCCGUCGCUCAACCACAACAGAGGACUACCAUCCACUCUCACCUGGAUCUGAAGCACACUGGGAAGUUGUGGAACGGAUUUUGUUCAUAUAUGCCAAGCUCAAUCCAGGACAGUCGUAUGUGCAAGGGAUGAACGAAAUUAUAGGGCCCAUUUACUACACAUUUGCAAGUGACCCCAAUGAAGCUUUUAGAGAAAUGGCUGAAGCUGACUGCUUCUGGUGCUUCAUCUCUCUGAUGGGCGAGAUCAGGGACUUCUUCAUUCGCACGCUGGAUGAGAGCGAGAGUGGCAUCGGGGCAAUGAUGAAUAGGCUAAUGGCUAACCUCAGGCAGCAUGACCACCAACUCUGGGACCGCCUACGUGUCCAGGAGCUCAAGCCGCAGUUCUUCAGCUUCAGAUGGUUGACCCUUCUGUUGUCCCAGGAGUUUGACCUCCCAGACGUGAUCCGGGUGUGGGACUCCCUCUUUGCCGACUCUGACCGCUUCAGUUACCUCAUCCAAGUGUGCACUGCGAUGAUGGUGACACAGCGAGAUGUUAUGAUGGAGAAUGACUUUGCUGGUAAUAUGAAAAUACUACAGCAUUACCCUCCAGGCGAUAUCCAGGUGCUCCUGAGCAAAGCCACGGAGCUGGUGGAGAGCAAUGUCGAGGCAGGGAUCGGCACUGAGGCAUCAAGUUGACACUUCCAGUCUGCGUCUUACGAGGGACCCUACAGCGGCACUAGGGCUAUGAUUUAAGUCAAGCGAGAGUAGUUAUCUGAUUAAUUUCUUUUUAUUUGUUUAUUUUAAUUGUUUUUGUUCCUCUUUCUAAUAUUAGGCAAAGAGUGUUAAGGUCUCAGAUGGUGUUGUGAUGUAAGAUACACAAAGGAAAUUUUUUCUAUAUUUGUAUACGUUUUUAUUACUAUUAAUGUUAUAUAUAGAUUUUUUCUUUUGUAUUUGAAAAUAAUAUUUUAGAAGGGGACUGAUCAAUAUGGUCACAAAGAUAUAUUAAUUUGAGAAAGGGGUUUUCUUAAUUGGGUUACAUGAUCAAUGUUAAGUGAGAAGUUUGUCAUAUCAACAUUCACAUGCACACACAUUUGCAUAAACAUGCAUGCCCGCAUGCACACUCAUGCCCACUCCCACCCCUACCCCCAUCCCUACAGACUAACAUACACCACACAUACACACACCCACCCACACACACCACAUGCACAGACAUACAUAUUAUGCUGCCCCUAAAUGAGAUUUGUCAUCCUUUUGAUAUAAAUGAUGGAAAGCAGCUACAUUAAACCUUUUGUGUCACUGUGAAUGUCAUGAAACUUGUGGUAGUUGGUAUUUAAGUAAUAACUUCUUUAUACAGCUCAAAAUAACUUUACUAGCAUGAAUGUUUACUCAGUCAGACAUUGCAUGUCAGAAGGCUAAGAACAAACAUGAAAAAAAGACAUUGAUGAAAGAAAAAAAAAAAUCCACUUCAUUUCCUGGCACAAUGUUUAUUAAAGGUGAUAAUAAUGACAAAGAUUGCUGGUGUGGGUAAUACAUUGACGGACUUUGUACCCUUUAUAAGUUCACAGGGGAAUUCUUACUCGUGUCUUUCUGAACAAUUCAUCGUUUUUGUAAACCAUGAUAAAAGGGCCGUGGAUCAUGGCUCAAAAUGCAAGUGUGUAGGAGUGUAUAGAAUGUCUUCUUUAGGUGGAUGUCAUUUGUAAAUAGAAUGUUUUAUUUCAGACACAAAGUAACUGUGACAUAUAUACAUUAUAUACUAAUAAUUGUGAUAUUCAGGGAGUUUCUAGAUAGUUAUCUUUUAAGGGAUAUUAUGAGAAAUAUCAAUCAUUACUGAAGCCUAGAAAAGAAUUAAAAACUCAAUCAAUCAAUAAAUUUCUAAAAAAAAAGAAGGUCAUGAUGAGCAAAAGGAAGGAAGGAAGAAAGAAAGAAUGAAAAAAAGAAAAAAAACUGCAAUAAGAUGAUGUCACCAAUAUGACAAAAUAACUGAUUAUUGUAAUUUCAGCCAGAGUGAUAUACAUUACCAGGCUUCAAAUUGAUUGCCAGCCUGUACUUGUGUUUAUACAUUAACCAUAAUUUAACUUCAAAAGUAUUUGCCAAGUAAUUUAAGAGGUGCUGAUCCACUGUGGAUCAGACUGGGCUGUGAGUAAUGUAAUGAUAAGGGCAGUUUUGUGGGAGAUUAAAAACAUUUUUGUAACUGUAUGUGACUAAGGGUUAUAUAAUAUAGAUAAAGUGCUGUGUGAUUUUUAUAUUUUUAUAUUUUUUUUAUAUUUUAAUGUGUUUUUAUUUUUCAUUUAUUUAUUCAUUCUAUUUUAUUCCACUUUCUUUUGUAUGAUGUUUAGAACACUUGUUAUGUUACUGCACUAUGUUCCCUUCUGUUGAUUUUUUAUUUAGCUGUAAAGGGACUUUUUGGUUAAAAUAUUGGUUGCUGGUUCCUAUUCCCAUGGUUGCCAGUGGGAGAUAUCAUUGAUUUACUAGUACAUUGCUUCAAGUAUAUGAACUAUUCAUUUAUGAAACUUUUUAAGAUUUGAAGCCUUAUAUUCUGAGUUACUGAGCUGACCAGUUACCUUACAGUACUUGUUAUAAGUGUUUUUUUAAUUUGAUUAAUAUAUUUGAUUGUGAAACUA